CUAGCCCGAAGUGUCUACAACAGUACUCAAGUGAAAAGUAAGUUUCAUUUCAUGGCAUGGGUAACUGUCUCUCGACAAUUCAAUGUGAAGCGAAUUGUUAAGACUAUGCUGGAAUUUGCUCCUGAAAAACCAGAGUACGUUGGUGAUGAAUUUGAAUUAUUGGAACUUGAGCUUCAUAAGUUCGUAGUGGACAGGGAAGUCCUUCUUGUUCUGGACGACGUCGUCAAGCUUGAUUGGAACCACUUGUCAGAUCUGAUGAACGUCUUCCGUAGUUCCUCGUGUAGAAUUUUGAUAACCACGAGGAAGAAGGAAGUCGCAAAAGUAGCAAAAGAAGUAGAAGAAUCCACACACACCGUGUUAAUGACAAGUCUCUCCCCCGAAGCUUGCUGGUCAAUUAUCAAACAUCACGCAUUUGGUGAUGAUCUGAAGAAUGAGUCAACCGUGGAAAGGAUAUUCGGCCAAGUUGGAAGACAAAUAGCAGAAAAGUGCGAGCGGAAGCCAGUUGUUGCUAAAUCUUUUGGUGUUAUGUUGCGUGGCAGAUCUUACGAAGAAUGGCAUCAUGUAAUGAUGAGUGAAAAGCUGUGGUGGUACGACUUGACAUCUGCAUCCAUGUUGAGUGAAUACUUGUAUUCUAGAAUGCCUCCUGCUUUGAGACAAUGCUUGCUGCAUUGUUCCAUCUUCCCUAAGAAUCACUCCAUUCAAGUUGACAAGCUCGUCAAACUGUGGAUGGCACAGGGCUUUAUUGCCUCCCAUGAAGAGGACAAGAUGGAAAUACAAGGCUGGAAAUACGUCAAGCAAUUGCGAGAUUGCUCUGCCUUCCAAGAAUUUGAACCGGAUGGCGAGGGCGCCUUUGUAUGCAAAUUGGAGGAAGGAAUGCAUGAAUUUAUCCAAGAUCUUGCGCGAAACGAAUACUGCAUAAAGUUUCUUGAUGAAGGGGCAACCGUGGAAGAGUCCGGAGACAAUGACACCUUAACAAAGCCUCCUCGCUUUCGUCACUGUACCCUGUGUCUUGAAGCUCAAACCUCUUUCCCAGAUUCAAUUGACAAUGCAGGUAAACUACACACUCUAAUGGUUUUGUCCGAGUCUUCCGACAUAGAUCCAACAAAUCUUGCCAGCCUUCUGUAUUCUAUGAAGAGGAUCAGGGCGUUGGAUUUGAGCUCUUGUGCAAUAAAGGAGCUUCCAUUGAAGGCAGAUGAAUUGCUACAUCUAAGGUACCUUAACCUGUCUUUCAAUCAUGAGCUAAAAAAGUUGCCUUCUGCAAUAAGUAAUUUGCUUAAUUUGCAAACUUUAAAUCUCAACGGAUGUGAUAGUCUUCAGAAACUGCCAAAAAGUAUAGGAAAAUUGAUCAAGUUGCGACAUCUUGAGAUUCUCUGGACAGCAAGCCUUAGCUACCUACCAAAAGGGAUUGCAAGCUUAACCUUCUUGAGAACCUUAAAUCGAUUCUUUGGGAGCAGUGGUGGUGCUAGCAGAAGCAAAGCAUGCAGUCUUGGAGAUUUGGAAAAUCUAAACAAUAUUGAAGGGUGUCUUACCAUAGAUGGAUUGGGUGGUGAAACUGAAAUUUCUGAAGCUAAAAGAGCUGGUCUAAAGAACAAGAAAAAUCUGCGUGGCUUGGAACUGUGGUUUUCUAUGGUACGAUUGAAGGGCGACGAUCAAAUCCUACUUGAUCGUUUAGAAGCACCUCCCCAAUUGCAAUUCCUUGGAAUAUUUUACUACCGAGGAAGUUCAUUCCCCAACUGGAUGAUGGAAUUGAAGAAACUAACACACCUAAUGCUUGUUAACUGUAGUGAAUGCAAUCUUUUGCCCCCUUUUGGGAAACUCCCAUUCCUUGAAUCACUUGAGAUCAAGAAUAUGCCUAAUGUGGAGAUGGUAGAUUUCCAAUUUCUGGGAAUAGGAUUAAACCAUGAGGAUGCUGGCAACGAAGGCUCCUCAUCUGAAGAAAUUGCAUUUCCCAGAUUGAGAAAGCUUCACUUCAUAAAGUUGGAUAAGUGGAAAGGGUGGACUGGAAUCAAUGUUGAUGGUGGAGAUAAGAAGAUUAUGCCUCUACUAUCUUCUUUGUCAGUUGUAAACUGUGAAAAGUUAGAAUCACUUCCUAACUACAUCAAGAGGAAGGAAAAUCUGAAACCAAUUAUUGAAGGAUGUCCUUUGCUACUAGAAAAAGAAAAGGCGCAAAAAGAGAUGAAGAGCAUGGAUUCAAUAAACAAAGCAGAUUAAGGUUCAGUUUAGUGUGUUCAAAAUCUGCAACCACUGAGGAGUCUCCAAAGAAUGUUGCACAGAUGUGUGUUUUCAACUUUUCUGUGCUCUAUAUUAAAAAAUCUCGUAAGAAGUUGAAGAUUGAAGGUCUGUGGUGUCUGGUGCCGAAAUUAAAGUCCAAUUUCUCAAUAAAUUGUUUCCAGAUAUUAUAGCACAGUUGUGUGAUUUCAACUCAGUUUGGCAAAAACAUCUAGGCUUUGCUGCUACGAUCAUGAUGUAAUAAGUUAUGGCUAUGUACUUGCAUGACUAUUGAGUUUGCUUUCUAUAUUCUGUGAGAUUUCACUGUAAUUUUACUCUUUCCAUGUGUUUCCUCA